GACGUGCCGACGUGCCGACGCCCCAGCGGGCGUGUGCUCUGCGGGAGGCUCGCGCGGCUGGAGGGGCGGCUCCGCGGCGGCUGGUGGCGGCGGGCUCGUCCCGGGGUCCUUCCCCUGCGCGGGCGCGAUGCGGCUGGGCUCCGGGGCCUUCGCCGCCUGCUGCGUGGCGAUCGAGGUGCUCGGCGUCGCGCUCUUCCUCCGGGGCUUCUUCCCGGCCCCGGUUCGCUCCUCUUCCGGGGCGGAGCAGCGGGCAGAGCCCGCGGCGCCUGAACCCUCGGCCGGAGCCAGUUCCAACUGGACCAAGCUCCCACCACCUCUCUUCAAAAAAGUUGUUAUUAUGCUAAUAGAUGGCUUGAGAGAUGAUUUUGUGUUCGGCUCCAAGGGUGUGAAAUUUAUGCCCUACACAACUUACCUUGUGGAAAAAGGAGCAUCUCACAGUUUUGUGGCCGAAGCAAAGCUGCCUACAGUUACGAUGCCUCGAAUCAAGGCGUUGAUGACAGGGAGCCUCCCCGGCUUCAUCGAUGUUGUCAGGAACCUCAAUUCCCCUGAACUGCUAGAAGACAACGUGAUCACACAGGCAAAAGCAGCUGGAAAAAGAAUUAUCUUUUAUGGAGAUGAAACAUGGGUAAAAUUAUUCCCAAAGCAUUUUGUGGAAUAUGAUGGAACAACCUCAUUCUUUGUGUCCGAUUAUACAGAGGUGGAUGAUAAUGUUACAAGGCAUUUGGAUAAAGUAUUAAAAAGAGGGGAUUGGGACGUGUUAAUCCUCCACUACCUCGGGCUGGACCACAUCGGCCACGUUUCUGGGCCUAGCAGUCCUCUGAUUGGGCAUAAACUCCGGGAGAUGGACAGCAUCCUGAUGAAGAUCCACACCUCACUGCUGUCCGAGGAGAGAGAAACUCUUGUACCCAAUUUGCUGGUUCUCUGUGGUGAUCACGGCAUGUCUGAAACAGGCGGUCAUGGGGCCUCUUCCAUGGAGGAGCUUAACACCGCCCUGAUCUUAAUCAGUUCUGCAUUUGAAAGAAAACCUGGUGACAUCAGACGUCCAAAGCACGUUCAGCAGACUGACUUGGCUGCAACCCUAGCAAUAGGGCUUGGCCUGCCGAUUCCAGGGAACAGUGUCGGCAGCCUCCUGUUCCCCACCGUGGAGGGGAGACCGGUGAGAGAACAGCUGAGGUUUUUACAUUUAAAUGCAGUGCAGCUCAGCAAAUUGUUGCAAGAGAAUGUGCCAUCAUACGAAAAAGAGCCUGGAUUUGAGCAGUUUAAAAUGUCAGAGAGGUUGCAUGGGAACUGGAUCAGACUGUACUUGGAGGAAAAUAACUCAGAAGUCCUUUUCAACCUGGGAGCCAAGGUUCGCAGGCAGUACUUGGAUGCCCUGAGGACCCUGAGCCUGUCCCUGAGCAGACAAGUGGCCCAGUACGACAUCUACUCCAUGAUGGUGGGGACUGUCGUGGUUUUGGAGGUUCUCUCCCUGCUCCUACUCAGCAUCCCGGAAGCACUGAGCAACAAGGCCGAACUGGAGGUUCCUCUGUGGUCGCCUGUGUUUUCUCUGCUGUUUUACUUGACGUUGCUGGUUCUCUCCGCUCUUCACGUCAUUGUGUGCACCUCGGCCGAGAGUUCCUGCUACUUCUGUGGCCUCUCGUGGCUGACAGCAGGCGGAGUGAUGGUGUUGGUCUCUGCACUGCUCUGUGCGGUGGUGUCUGCUCUUGCCAAGACCUUUGGUGAUGGAAAGUUCCUGAGCAGGAAUUCAGCUCAUCCAAAGCCACGAUGGUCGGAGUUAGAUGUUCUUAUCUUGUUGGGGACCAUGGGCCACGUGCUGAGUCUGGGUGCAAGCAGUUUCAUCGAGGAGGAGCACCAGACCUGGUAUUUCCUCAUUAACACCCUGUGUCUGGCUCUGUGUCACGAAAUCUACAGAAACUGCCUUCUGAGGGAUGACAGUGAACCCCAGCAGUGCCCACACGUGGAGGAGGAAUUCAUCCGCACCGCAGCAGCAUUACAGGACAGGAGCACUGGCUGUGACACGUUAGAGCCCUACGGAGUGUCUAGGAGCCUCACUUCCCUUGACACUCUCAGAGGCUACGAGAAGUGGAUGGUGUUGGCAAGUCCGUGGGUGAUACUUACCUGCUGUCGGCUGCUGCGGUCACUAAACCAGACGGGUGUGCAGUGGGCCCACCGGCCUGACCUGGGGCACUGGCUCACCAGCUCAGAUCACAAAGCUGAACUCUCUGUUCUGACCGCCCUUUCGCUCAUCGUGAUUUUUGCACUGGUUCAGAGGAAGUGCUCCCUGACGUCAAAAGUAGCCCUGGCGCUUGGCCUGCUGGGUGUCUAUUGCUACCGGGCGGCCAUUGGGAAUGUCCUGUUCCCAUGGCAACGAGACAGCAAAGACAUUUCAAAGGGUGUUAUUGAAGCUCGUUUUGUUCAUGUCUUUGUCCUUGGCAUUCUAUUCACGGGUACCAAAGACUUGCUUAAAUCUCAAGUCGUUGCUACAGACGUCACAAUCAAGACUGUGGGUUUAUGGGAGAUAUAUAGUGGACUAGUUCUUCUGGCCGCUUUGCUUUUUAGACCACAUAAUCUGCCAGUCUUAGUGUCUAGCCUCUUGAUUCAAACUAUAAUGACUAAAUUCAUCUGGAAGCCCCUGAGGCAUGAUGCAGCUGAGAUCACUAUAAUGCAUUAUUGGUUCGGUCAAGCUUUCUUCUAUUUCCAGGGAAACUCCAACAAUAUAGCCACGGUGGACAUCUCGGCGGGCUUCGUGGGCCUGGACACCUACAUAGAAGCCCCGGCUGUGUUCCUGACAGCGUUUGCCACGUUUGCAGGGCCCGUGCUGUGGGCCAGCCACUUAGUGAGCUUCCUGAGCUCGGAAACCAGCAGCGGCUCUGCACUGAGUCAUGCUUGCUUCUGCUAUGCACUGAUCUGUUCUUUUCCAGUCUCUGCAUAUAUCAUUUUGGUGACGUCCCUGCGUUACCAUUUAUUUAUAUGGAGCGUGUUUUCUCCAAAACUUCUUUAUGAGGGAAUGCACAUCCUCAUUACAGCUGCCAUCUGUGUAUUCUUCACAGCCAUGGAUCAAACCAACACAAAGUCUUAGACACUGGAAAAACAAUAUAUUUUUAAGUCUACUAUUCAGUUCAUGCAUUUGAGUAAUGGGAAAAAAAAUCUGUUUAAAUGCAAGAACAUUCUAAAGAAAAAUUGUGGAUUCUACAAAGUUGAAGAAUAGCUUUCACUGCUGUACUUGAAUUUAGAUUAAAUAGUGAUUUAAAAGGUCACUUUAAAAUACUUAGUUUGAGGGACACCUCAGUGGCUCAGUGGUUGAGCUUCUGUCUUUGGCUCAGAGUGUGACCCCAGGGUCCCAGGAUCGAGUCCCGCAUUGGGCUCCCUGCAGGGAGCCUGCUUCUUCUCCCUCUGCCUAUGUCUCUGCCUCUCUCUGUGUGUGUGUCUCUCAUGAAUAAGUAAAUAAAAUCUUUUUAAAAAUAAAGUAA